GACAUCUGAAGACUAGUGACAGCAUUUAGAGGGAAAUCAAUGGCAAACAGCUCACAAGUUGGGUACAACAUCUCUUAUCUGUGCCGAACGUCUACCACAACUUUAGUUCUGCCCACUGUCUACUCCCUGAUGUCCAUCACUGGCCUUCCUGGCAAUGUUCUCUCUCUUUGGGUGUUCAUGCGGAGGAUAGCCAUCAAAACGUCCACCCACAUCUACCUGAUAAACUUAAGCAUCUCAAACCUGUUGCUCUGCCUCACCAUGCCAUUCCUGGCUGCAUACUACACACUUGGAACCAUAUGGAACAAACACGAUGCUAUGUGCCAAAUAGCAAUAAAUGGUCUAACUCCAGUGCUCCAUAUCAACAUAUGCAUUGGUGUAAUGAUAUUGAGCUGGGUGGCACUGAGUCGCUUUGCCUCACUUAUUCAGCAUUCCCAUGCUAAUCGUCCAAGCAGGUGGCUGAAAGUCCUCCCUGGAGCCUUCCUAAAUAGAAAAAAACAUGCAAAAUUGGCAUAUGCAUUGUGUCUGAUCACCUGGGCUAUUGUUGCUCUAGCUAUCAUACCCUUUGUGGUGCUGUACUCAAUCAGGGAAACUGUGAGCAAGGAGGACAAUGAAAAUGAAGUGUGUUACAGCGUAACAGUGGAGAUUGGAGGAGCGGGAUCUCACAUCUUCGCUUUAGUGGCCGUUUCACUGUUCUUUGUCUUCUUCCUGUUGGUUUUAAGCUCCUAUAUGGCAGUAAUCAAGCAUAUCUGGAGGUCCAAGAAAAGUGCAGCCAUUUCCAACAGCCAGAGAGUCUACUCAAGAGUGUUUCGGAAUAUUGUUGUCAUUAAACUAGUGCUGGUGGUUUGUCUCUUGCCUCAUCACAUCUAUAAGGCAAUCUUUAUUCACAUGGUCAAUGAGCUGUCUAUGUCUGAAGCACUCCCAGCAGAUGUUUGCCAUCCACUAUCCAUGCAUGUGGAGGUAAAGAAUAUUCUCCUCUGUUUGGCAUCUCUGCGAUGUAGCACUGACCCCAUCAUGUAUUUCCUGCUGGACAAGAUGUUUCGAAAGCAUUCGCUAGGUUUGUUGCGAGUAGGCACUAGCGCACAUGAGAGUCAGUCAUCAAAAUCCAAUGGAGGUCAUUGCUCUCAGGGAACAACUGGGGGCCUUUAGACAUUACUUGCUGGUAUAUACUAUACAAAAGAAUAUCAUGCUUUGUUUAGCAUCUCUGCGAUAUAGCACUGAGUCCAUCAUGUAUUUCCUGCAUGAUGGUGUAAAAUUAACUUAAAAAUGUAAG